ACCCCAUUUUGCUGCCCUUGACCCUUUGUUGGUACCCCCGACCCCCCCAUUUUGUGCCCCACCCUCUCUCCCCUGCCCCCCGCAUUGCCCUGACACGCUGCGGACAGCGCCUCAUUUGCAUAAAUUACCAUAUCGCCCCCGUUCCGCCCCCCACCCUCGCUGUUUCCGCCUCCUCCCCCCGCCCACCUCCCGCGCGCUGACGUCACGGGGCGGUGGCGCGCGCUGCUGAUUACCAUCUCAUUAGCAUAUGACGCGGGAAGGCGGAAGCGGCGGCGGCAUGGGGCGGUGCGGGGCCGCCCUGCGGCUCGCCCUGGAGGGGAACAUCGCCGUGGGCAAAUCCACCUUCCUGAGGCUGCUGGCCGCCGCCUUCCCGCGCUGGCACCUGGUGACGGAGCCGGUGGCGCAGUGGCGCCGGGUGCCGGGGGCCGCUGGCACUGCCCAGGUGUUGGGGGGCAGUGCCAACCUGCUGCAGCUGAUGUACCAGGAGCCCGCCCGCUGGUCCUUCACCUUCCAGAGCUUCUCGUGCCUGAGCCGCCUCAAGGCCGUGCUGGAGCCCCCCGAGGACAGCGGGGGGACCCCCGGCACCGCGCCCCCCGUGAGGGUCUUUGAGCGCUCGCUGUUCAGCGACAGGUACGUCUUUGCCAAGACCCUGCUGGAGGCCGGGCACCUGCAGCCCCUGGAGUGGGCGAUCUACCAGGACUGGCACGAGCUGCUGCUGCGGCACCUGGCACCCCACGCCGCGCCCCACGGCUUCCUGUACCUGCGUGCCAGCCCCCAGACAUGCCUGGAGCGGCUGCGGCGGCGGGCGAGGAGCGAGGAGGGCGGGGUCCAGCUGGGCUACCUGGAGCAGCUCCAUGGCCAGCACGAGCUGUGGCUGGUGGCCAAGGCCACCGAGAUCCACUGUGAGGCAGCGCGGCGCGCGCCCGUCCUGGUGCUGGACGUGGAGCAGGACUUUGAGCACGACCUGGCCAGGCAGGGCCUGCUCAUGGCACAGGUGGAGGCCUUUGUGACAUCCCUGGGUGCCCACUCUGUGCCAUCCCAUCCUGAACCCCUGAGCUCCGGGCAAGGGGCAGCGUCUGCCUGAAGACCCCGAGGACAGGGGACAGGGUCCCAAGGAGAGGAGACACAGUCCCGGGGACAGGGGACACGGUCCUGGGGACAGGGGACACAAUCCUCAGGACAAAGGACAGGGUCCCAAGGAGAGGGGACAUGGUCCAGAGGACAGGAGACACUACCCCGAGGACAAAGGACACGGUGCUGGGACAGGGGACACGAUCCUGAGGACAAGGGACACGAUCCUGGGGACAGGGGACACGGUCCUGAGGACAAGGGACACAAUCCCAAGGACCUGGGACACGUCCUGGUCCCCAGUGUCCCCACAGCCCCUCUGUCCUGGCCAGAGCUGGAUCCUCAGAGCCGUGUGGGGUUUUGGGGUCAGGAUUCCCCCAGUCCUUGCUGUGACCCCCUGCCCCUCUUUGGGGUGGGUUUCCCAUGGAAAAUCCCGGUGUUCUACCCGACCCCCAUCAUUUGUUAUUUUGUAUUUAAUUGUUUCCCUUAAAUUGAGAUCAAAUCGUU